GGUUCGAAUCCUGCCGACAACGGAUUAUUUUUGUCCUGUGAUUGGCAAUGCCCAGGAGGUUACAUUGUAUCACAGAUAGCCAGUAUCUGUUGUUGUUUCGCUAGUUACAAAGUAUCAAUCUUUACCUACUUGAAAUGAGGUUACGCCUGUUAAUCAAUCACUCCUGUUCAUGACAACAGUCAAUAAGUAGCAGUACCCUGAAGCCAUGGCGGACGAUUUGGACGAAUUGCUAGAUGAGGUUGAAACAAAGUUCUGUCGCAAUGUUUCGUUGACGCCACAACUUCAAGCUCCUUCAGAUUUAUCGACGGCUGGGAAAUGUUUAAUGCAAACUGGGAGAGAAAGAAAACACUGCACCACUGAUGAUACACCCAGAAAAACUGACAGCGAAGAUAUAGAUGCCCUUCUUGAGGACCUACUUGACGAUGACUUUGAUUCUCUUGAGCUAAACACAGGACAGCUUCCUAAAACGACGAAGAGGAAGUCAUUGCCACAGUCAACAAGAAAGUGCUGCCCUGUUUUCCUUGGUGGAAGUUCCAUUGCAAAUGGUGUAGGAACAGCUGUUUCACAAAGGUCAUGUGACCAGCUGAGAUGUAUCUCCUGUGACUUUCGGGUGGCCAUGUUUGACGAUCAUGAAUGGGACCCCUCUUGUGAUUACCUCUUCUUCAGGAACAACAUGCCAGACUGUCAGAAGCUGCGGGCCAAGCUGAGGAGAAGGAAAGGGGCACGAGCGUAUGCCUGCCAGUGUAGCUGGCACUCUGCUCGAGACCUCACCGACCUGAGAGAACAGCACCAGCUCAAGUGGGUCUGUGGGAAGCAUGAUGUGUGACAGCCUUCUCUCUAUCACACACACACACACACCACUUUGCAGUUACUUGUUAUAGACAUCCCAACACAUUUUUCUGCCUUGAGAAUUAUGUAGGUCUUUCUAUGCGUUACAUUUAGUGUGUUCUGGGUUUAAAGGUAAAUUAACAAGGUAGGUCUUCUGCUAUCUUUAGAGAUGUGAUUUUAGCUAGCUCAGUUUUAAGAGCAGGUAUAUGCCAGACCAUACUUGUGUGAAAACGGUACUUAGAAAAGACGAGGCUAAAUUGAAUGAGUAUUUUAUGUAAAACUAAAAAGAAAUAGUAAUGAAGUCAUUGCAUUAUCUGGUAGUAUUUCAUAUACAAUGCUGUUACAUGCUUUUCUGUAGCCUUUCCUCCUUUUAGUUUCUAUCUCCUGUGUCCUUGGUUUAUUUCCUCUUCUGACCCUUUGAGUAAAAUGCAUUCUCUGUUUUAAGGGAUUUAUGAUCUUACUAUUCAUGUAUUGUGUAUAAUAUGAAGGUGAGGUUAGUGGGAAGUUAAAUGACGCAAAUCUUUCCUGUUGCAUCUGUGCUACACAUUUAGACAUAACAUGAACCAUAAAAGCAUUACUUCACUCUGACAAUCUAGUAGUUGAUACUUUAUAAAUGAAUCAUAAUCAAAUGAA